UACGGUACAAAAGUAUUUUCAUAUGCUCAGAAUGUUCAUUUUCAUCCUAAGUCGUUGUUGUUAAUUAUGGCCACAGUGAACGCAUUGGUGCGGGAACUGCGACGAGGCGGCUGGUCGCCUCGAGUCAGGAGCAGAGUACAGGGGCAACAUUUGUUUCCAGUCGCACUCUCUGUGUGGGGCGGUCUGUAAGGGUGUGGCUGCGUCUCUCGAGAAGUCCCGAGCUGCAGCAGCCGCUCCUGCUCUCCGGGACGAAGGUUCCCAUUGCUACUGUAGCGCUGUUCUAUCUUUGGGCCGUUUAGAAAAGCUGGAGCCAUUCCCACAUUGCUGUUGUUCUGUGGCAAGAUGCGAACACAUUUCGGUUCUCCUCAGCAAACUGAAGGGCUGCUUUAUAAAUGCGUUCCACUUCAGAGCUUUGUCCGUUUCCAACUCCCUCAGCCCGGGCUUGGGCCCUGAAGCCGCCUCGGGGCACACGCUGCCCAGGGUUCCUUUGUUCCCUCCCCUCCAGGGAUCCCAAACUCCCGUCCUAAUGCUUUGCUUUCCCCUACUUCCCAAACCGGCUCCCGUCCGGGUGCUGCCACCACGCCCGGUUUGCGGGCGGCCUGGGACGGCGGCGGGGGCGGGUGGUGCGGAUUGGCUCAACGGACGCACGUGGGGCCGCCCUCACCCCUCAGCGCUGGCAGAGCGGCGGCUCCCGCCGCCGCCGCUGCGGAGGCUCCGUGCGGAGCGGCGCGGGGCACGUUGCGGUACGGCUCGGUGUUCACUGAGAGCAUCGGCGGUUGCUCAGCAGCUGCCGCGCCACUGCAGCGAGGAGGGGAGAGAAUAGAAAAGUGGAUGAUCCUUCAGGAUUUCCUGGAACGUAGACAAACCAUCAACACUGACUGCGACAUCAUGGCCUGGACUAAUCUGAAGGCUCCGACUUCCAGAGUCAGAGUGUGUCAGUCAGCUAUAUUUGAUCUACAAUGAAUGCCAAAUCUGCAAUCAGCAAAGAAAUUUUUGCCCCACAUGAUGAAAGGAUGCUGGGAGCUGUCCAAGUGAAAAGAAGAACGAAAAAAAAGAUUCCUUUCCUAGCUACUGGCGGUCAGGGUGAAUAUUUAACAUACAUCUGCCUGUCAGUGACAAACAAGAAACCAGCUCAAGCAUCUAUUACGAAGGUCAAGCAAUUUGAAGGCUCUACAUCAUUUGUUAGGAGAACGCAGUGGAUGCUUGAGCAGCUUCGCCAGGUCAACGGAAUUGAUCCUAAUCGAGUUCUUCAUCACACAUGUCAGCGAUAUCUCACAGACAAGAAGCCAGAAUUUAUCAACUGCCAAUCUAAAAUUAUGGGAGGAAACAGCAUACUCCAUUCAGCAGCAGACAGUGUGACAAGUGCAGUACAGAAGGCAAGUCAGGCUUUGAAUGAGCGUGGUGAAAGACUAGGUCGAGCAGAAGAAAAGACAGAGGAAAUGAAAAACAGUGCUCAGCAGUUUGCAGAAACUGCACACAAGCAUUUCAGACAACCUGGAAACAGGUCUGUUAAAAGGUGGAGCACUCAAACGGCUUGACAGGUACUAUUCUUCACUGAGACUAUGAACAAUUGCGGAGCUGCCAGCGUCUAACUAAAAUAAUAGCUGUACAUACAGGAAUGUUUGUAAGACAAAUGGUUGAGAUAGGUACCAUUUAUCAGCCAGACAAGGAUUCAUGACUCUUAGCAUGCACUCAUGAGGAAAGCAUUGUUAACUGUUAGACGUUGCUCAUUUUAGUGUUAGAUUAAAAUCAUUUCUACUGAGGCCUCUAUUUUAUAUAGCAGUGGCACUGACAGAGGAAAAGGAGUUGGAAAGCAGAAGGAUAUGUUUUCACAUUCCUUGACUGGUGAUGCUUCAUAGGAUCCUCCCCUCAGUUUUUGUGCAACGCAGCAAACAUGCAAGGUUAUUUGUGGCUUCCCAUACAACCCCAGCAGUCUUUCCUUUUUCCUGCUUUUGUACAGUCUUCCCAUAUUCAAUAACAAUUUUCUGUCUUAUUAGCUCACUUGCAACACCCUCAUCCAGAGAGAUAGCUCCACACUUAACAUCUCAUCCUUUAAGACCAUCAUGUAGUAAGAUCUUUUGCGCUCCCUUGUCCCUUUGGUAUUUAAAACCUCCUGUUCUGUUAUUGGAUGUAGCCUGUUGCUGUUUGUUGAUUAAGGCAUAGGUGUGUACUGCACAUAAAAUGAGAACACUCAAUGAGGCCAAAGUUGUAGUUAAGGUGUUUCAGAAGGUCUGAAAGGAUUUAGGAGGAUAAGAUUUAUUAAAAGUCAGAAGUUCAUAGUGCUGGGCUACCCACAUAGAUGAUUCUUCUUUAAAAUUGCUAAAGGCUUUUUUCCAAAGUGAAACCAUAAUAACACAAGGUAUUUAUCUUGAACAUUUGUAGGUUGCUCAGAAAGUAAUGUCUCCUACUUGUUUCCAUGGAAACUACAACAGAUACAAAGAGCGUGAUAAUACUUUUUGAUAGAGCAAAUUCUCAGCUACAAAACAUUGUUUUCCAACAUUGUCACCACCAUUAGCUGUGCAUUUUUACCAGCCAGCAUAAUAAAAUAGAUGUUACUUUCUGAUCAGCCCUCAUAGUAUUUUUCACCCUUCUGUAACAAGAAUUCAAAGAGAAACAUCAACUUUAUUUCACAUAUGCAUUAACCUUAAGCAGGUAAGUAAUGAAUAGUAAAACAAUGGACAGGAAUAGAAUAGAGAUCUGGAAAUGUAAAACCCAGAUCUCCUUAUUCCUAGUACAAUACGUCAUAAUUAUAAAUGAUAAAUGUUAUAUUUAUCUUUGUGAUAAAAGCAUCAGAAAUAAAAGUAGGCUUCUUGCAAGCACACUUUUUUUCAUCCUGUUCCAACAAUAUCAUAUCUUUGAUAGUGCGCAGUAUACACUGUCUGUGAAACUCAAAUUGUUGUGGCAAAAUAUUUCUGUAGAGAGAGAGCCCAAGAGGUAGCAACACUAGAGGAUGGCUGGGCAGAGAAGGCAGUAAAACUGUGUCACUUCUCUAGUUGAGUUUUACAAGCACUGGAAGAAGCUCUCAGCUCUCAGACUAAAAGCAUUUGUGUCACUGCAGUGAAGGAACCCAGUUUAAAGUAUUUGGGGGAAAUACUGCGUAUGUGUGUUUUUAUUGUUCACAGGCCUCAGCAGCUGUGAGGAAAAACUGGCUGUUGUCUUGUGCUCAGGCAACUCUCUUACAGUUGCUGGUUUAGUGUAAGGCACAAAAGCAUCUGUGUGUCAGACCAACACAGAAUGCAUUGUUAGUGUCAUCUUUCAUUAAAUAAAUGCCCUUCAGAGGCAAAUGAACCCUCCCUCCUAAAAGUAUGGAAGAUAUAAUUCAAGAAAAGAUAAUAAAAAAUUAAAAAUACUCUUAUUCUUAAGUACUGUAGUGGGAUUAGUUGUAGCAAUUCAUAUCACAGACAGUGAUGUAGUUAUGUUAUGUAGUUAUGUAGAAAUGGGGAUUGACUGUAAAACGACCCUCAAAGGGCUGCAAAUCUCUAUUGAAGGGAUCAAGUGACAGUCUGAAAACAGUGUGAUUCAUGAUUGCCAAGAAAGAAAUGAUGCGCUUAUGUAAUGUUACGCUUCCUAAGAUAAUGCAGAAAAUUUACAAAUAGAAAAGUGGAGAAAGCUCGUCAUAUGACACCAAAUAGUUCAUCUUUCUCUAACAGCAUAGCUCUUUAUUCUAGGAUGCACUCAUAAUAACUAGGCAGUUUAUAGAGGAGAUAUUACGCUAUUUUUUCCUAAACAUCCUUCACAAAUAGUGUGGCUUCUCACCUUGCUACAAUACAUAACUCCUUUUGAUUACUUCCUUUCUGUUAAAUUCUAGUUCUGUUCAGCACUGAAGGAUACGUGCAGGAAUUCUGAAAGACUGAUCAAUAUGUGCAGGAUGCAGUUUAAGAAAAUAAUAGUUAUGACCUUUGGGUCUGUACUUUUAGAUUUGAGAUGCUUUUAUGCAUAUGCAGAUUUGAUAUUGAUAGAGAAUGCAUACAUAUGUGUCUAUCUAUAUAUCUUUGUACAUUCUAAACAUGCAAGAUCAGGCGUUUAAGUGUUGGAAAUCUGAUGCAUUGCCAACUUGAAACUGAUGUCCUUAAGCUUAUGAAUCCAGUAUUUUGCCAUCAUGUCAUCAACUUGUGUUUUUCUGCUUACUUCCAGUCAUAGUAGUUUUGCAAAGGUAGCGACCCUGUGCACCUUUUCUUCAUCUUUUUGGACCUUUACAAAAUAUAGUGGCUGAAGAGAGAGAAAAGAUGGGUUUGGGAUUUGAGCUAAUACUCCUGAGAAGCAAGAUUCUCUCUCUGUUUCCUCUGCAGCAUUCCUUUCUGAUGCCCAGACAACCUGAGCUGCUCUUUACCAAGUAUAUACAGAUACAUUUGUGCUUCAGAACUGUAGGUAUUAGAAAAUGCUUGGCAGCUCAACAUUUCAACUUCAAUAAAUGUACCAGUUUAUGAACCUAAAGCUAAUGGUGUUUCUUGAGUUUACCGCCUCUAAACUGGGAAAUAAUGUUUCACACCAUAGUAAGUACUGU